AACUCUGCCUGCCAUAUAGGUUUUUUUUCUCUUCACACAAAGCCUAUAACAAUUAUAUUGUAGUGUCGUGGGGUUGAAGUUUGAAAUCGAUGAACACAUAAUCCAAGAAAUUCCUUGACCAAGUUUUAGAUUCUGGUUUUGCUUCAUCUUUCACAACACGUAAGUUCUCCUGCUUCAACCAGUUUUCGUGGAGGAUAAAUGAGGAAAAAGAAAAAGAAAAAGAAAAGGAAAUUGCUUAUUUUUCUGAACUUUGCUACAGAUAAAGAUCUUCGUGUCUCUUAUACCAUUCGUUUAUGUUAAUUAUCCAAAUAAUUGACGAAAGGGUUUCUGUUUUUUGUUUUGGAUUACUUGUUUUUCUUGAUAAGUACUUAGUUAACGUAAUUGCAAACAGAAGAUAGCAGAGGAAAUCCAACAGCUGGUCCAGUGAGGUUGAUUGAUGAUCAGUAUGGAUUUAAAAGGUAUAACCUGGGUGGGGCAUGUAUAUGAGAAAUUUGAAGCCAUGUGCCUAGAGGUGGAAGAAGUUAUGUACCAGGACACAGUUAAAUAUGUUGAGAAUCGGGUGCAGACUGUAGGUGCUAGUGUCAAAAAGUUCUACUCCGGUAUGAUGCAAGAUGUGAUGCAGGAUUUGCUUCUUCCAUCUUCUUUUGAGCCCAUGAAAGCAGUGGCAGCCUCUGACUUGCCAGUAGAGAUAUAUGCUGAGACAUUAAAAAAGCCUAAUGUAGGUUUAAAGGAGGAUGCCAUACAGGGUGAUAGCGAGCAGUUGACUGAAGAUUCAGAAGUAAUUGCUGAUGUUAAUGAAAAUGCUGCCCAUGUGCCUUCGUCCUGCCAGCUUCACAUGGUUGAUAACAUAUUUGAAUCCUGCUCUGGGAGUUUUGUGGAAAGAGCAUCCUCUGACUUGCUUUCUGGGGAGCAUAAUAACAGGUGUACACUUAAUAAGACAAAUGUUGAGCAUUUACUUCCAGCUGAGACAUCUUCUGAAGCUGGUUGUGUGGAGAAUGAGUUUGGCAGGAUGUCAUCAUUUUGUGGGAAUGCUAAUGCAAAUCAUGAAGUGUCUUGUCACCAGAUACCCGCAACAUUAACCCCAGUUUCAGUUGAAGAAGAUGAUUGUGACUCCAUAGAAGAAAGUUCUAAUGAAAUCAAAAGUGCAAGUGACUCUGUACCUGAAAUUUUACCUGAUGGUUUACACUUGGUUGGGAUAGUUGAGAAAAACGAAAUGGAGAUGAGAUGUUCAUCCUCUAUUAUUGAAUCAGAAGAAUCAAAUGGAAAAUUAAACUGGACCAAGGAUGCCUCAGGGAGCAGUACUGUUGGUAGAAAGGAAAUUGAAACUGUUCAACAAUUAGAUAAAAUACGAGUUGAUGAAAGUUGUUUCCUGGUGAAUGGAGCUGAACUUCAUUUUCAUCCUCAGAGGGAAGGCAAACACAAAACUUACCAGAGAAAGAUUCGUGAUGCAAUUUCUUCAAGGAUGAGGUCAGCAAGGAAAAAGGAAUACGAACAACUUCCUCUAUGGUAUGGAGAUGAUGUAAAAUCUGAUCAAGACUCUGAGGGGAGUUCAACGUCAGCUCUAAUAAGAGAGGAUACAAGGAGAACACUUAAUCAUGAUGUCCUGGAUUCUGAGUGGGAGCUUCUCUAGGUGGAGGAUGGCAGCUUUAUGUACAUAAUCAAAUUAACCUCGAGGUUAUUUCCAUCCCUCCCUGCUGAAGUGUUGAUGAAUUAAGUGAGAUGCUGGACUUGAUGCUAAUGGUGCCCAACUUACACUAUUGAAGUAAGAUUUAUGAUACUGUGGCUGUAGGGCAAAAAAUGAAAAGGAAAAGGAAACACCGUUUCCAGUUACGAUCUAAAUAAUUAGUAUACAAAAGUUAUUAGCAGACCUAGUCCCCCUGUUUGCGGAGACAGAGACAGAGGUUCAAUACAGUACGGUAUGUUAAAAUUUCAGCAAUCUGUAAGCCAUCUAAAAGUUUAUUCAUCAAUAUGUAAAUAUGUUUAUUAUGUAUGAGUCCUCAAUGGUCGUAACUAUGCUGUCCUUUUGAACUGCUCAAAUUACGCUUACUUCUCACAUGGUAUUAGCAAUGCAAAAACAUGUCUGGAUUGGCCUGA